AUGGAUGCCGGCGAGUCAGUUCGCCAGAGCCUUCUCAAGGAGUUCGAGGAUAGCAUCAAGGACAUUUGGGCGCCUCCCGCUGGCCAGAAGCUUGGUGGUUCUGAGGAGCCGUUUUUCCAGCGACAACAACGAGGCCGACACUGCGGGAUGCACGCUCUCAACAAUAUUCUUGGAGGUAAUUUUGUCACACCAACUGACAUGAUGGAAGCUGCCAAAGCCUAUUUGUCAGAGCAGGGACAUGGUACAGGCGACGAGCUGGAGGAUCUGGUUGAGAAGGAUGGAAACUACUCGAUUGAAGCCCUGGCCUCUGUACUGCGUGAUAAAGGCUACAGCUUGGAUUUGUCCGAGCCGGCUGCCACAAGCCUGGAAAGAGCAAAAGGCUUCCUGCAGCACCGUCCCGAGAGCACCACUGGAUCGCACCACUGGAUCGCAUACCGAUACUGUGCCGGAGCGAUAUGGCGUUUAGACUCUCUGAUGGAGCGUCCUGAACAGAUCACGCCUGAAGAGCUGGCGAAGGAGCUGUCUGAGAAUCGCACCUUUGCGAUCCAGAGGCCUGCCCAUGGGUGA